GAGAGAAGAGAGGAGGGAUUGUUUGCUCCAACUGGCUCUGUCUCUCGCAGUGGCACUUAGUUGGUUUCUUUAUUUUUCCCCUUCCAUUCUCCAAGCCGUUUUCAGUAACCAAGACGGAGUUGCUUGUGGGACGUGGGUUUUCCCCCUACCCUACAGAGCCAUGGAAUGCAAAGAAUCUUGGGAUAUGGAGCCCAACGGGGCCAUGACUGUGUCGGAAGUAGAGGAAAAGGUAGACAGGGAGAAGGAGAAGCUUCAGGACAGGGGCCAGUGGACCAACAAAGUUGAAUUUGUGCUAUCUGUGGCUGGGGAGAUUAUUGGUUUGGGAAAUGUUUGGAGAUUCCCAUAUCUCUGUUACAAGAAUGGAGGUGGUGCUUUCUUCAUCCCGUACCUCAUCUUCCUCUUUGCCUGUGGGAUUCCAGUGUUCCUUCUGGAGACAGCCCUGGGGCAAUACACCAGUCAAGGUGGGAUCACUGCCUGGAGAAAGAUCUGCCCUAUCUUUGAAGGAAUCGGAUAUGCGUCACAAGUCAUUGAAUCUUACCUGAAUAUCUACUACAUCAUCAUUUUGGCCUGGGCUCUGUUUUACCUGUUCAACUCCUUUGCUGCUGUUCUUCCCUGGGCCAGCUGCAAUAAUCCCUGGAACUCAGAGCAUUGUGUGGAUUUUCUAAACAGCACCAAUUGGGAGAAUGGGACAGGGUCGGCUAAUGCUACCUCCCCGGUCAUCGAGUUCUGGGAGAAGCGAGCAUUGGGAAUAACCGAUGGAAUACAUAAUCUGGGCACCGUCCGGUGGGAGCUGGCUCUCUGCCUCUUGCUUGCCUGGAUCAUCUGCUACUUCUGCAUCUGGAAAGGAGUCAAGUCCACCGGCAAAGUGGUCUACUUCACUGCCACAUUUCCUUAUCUGAUGCUUUUCGUUCUACUAAUCCGAGGAGUCACUCUGCCAGGGGCCUCAGAAGGGAUCGUGUUCUAUUUGAUGCCAGACAUCUCCAGACUUGCAGAUCCUCAGGUAUGGAUGGAUGCCGGCACUCAGAUCUUCUUCUCUUACGCCAUCUGCCAGGGAUGCCUGACAGCUUUGGGCAGCUAUAACAAAUACAACAACAAUUGCUACAGGGAUUGCUUUAUGCUCUGCUUCCUAAACAGUGCCACCAGCUUUGUUGCUGGCUUUGCCAUUUUCUCCGUAUUGGGUUUCAUGGCACAAGAACAGGGGGUGUCCAUCUCAGAAGUGGCUGAAUCUGGUCCUGGCCUAGCGUUCAUUGCUUACCCCAAAGCAGUAACCAUGAUGCCCAUAUCUCAGCUCUGGUCCUGCUUAUUCUUCCUGAUGCUGAUCUUCUUGGGGCUGGAUAGUCAGUUUGUCUGUGUUGAAAGCUUGGUAACAGCCAUUGUAGACCUGUUUCCGGAAAUCUUUCGCAAGAAGGGGCGGAGAGAAUUGCUGAUCCUGGGCAUUGCAGUGAUCUGCUAUCUGAUCGGCUUGCUGCUGGUUACUGAGGGUGGAAUGUAUGUUUUCCAGCUGUUUGAUUACUAUGCAGCCAGUGGCACAUGCCUUCUCUUCUUGGCCAUCUUUGAAGUCAUUUGCAUUGGAUGGGUUUAUGGAGCAGAUCGUUUCUAUGACAAUAUUGAAGACAUGAUUGGCUACCGGCCGUGCCCCCUGGUUAAACUGUGCUGGCUUUUUUUCACUCCUGGAGUUUGUCUGGCAACCUUCCUGUUUUCGCUCAUUAGAUACAAACCACUCAAAUAUAAUAAUGUCUACGAGUACCCCACAUGGGGCAUCACUGUGGGAUGGCUGAUGGCGCUUUCCUCUAUGAUCUGCAUUCCUCUUUAUGUCAUGUACAUCUUUCUGAAAACCAAGGGAUCGCUAAAAGAGCGGUUAUGCCAGCUCACUGCUCCAGCAGAGGACCUGCCUCAACCAAAGAAACACUUGGUUAAUUUGUCGGGACAGUGGGAACACUCCAAGCCAGGAUGCCAGAUCCCAGCCAAGGAAGUGCUCAUCACUACAGAGAAGGAAACCAAUUUCUAAAGCUCCUAGGGAGUGACUUUAUUUUCUGGAGAGGCUGAUACUUAUUUCUGGUGGCUUCCCUUUCCACAUGGUAUGAAGUCCUUUUCAAGCCUUCCCUACCUGAGACAGAUUCACCCAAGAUGCAGGCAUAGCUGGCCUGGAAUGGUUUUUCUUCUUAUGACCCAGCAGAUGAUUAUACAGAAUGGGCAGCACCAACAGCAUUUUUCAACCCAGUGAACAACCAUUAGAAAGCUAUGAAAUUGGGCCAAGUGAUAAAUCACAUGCGUUGUCUGCAUUAAGGCCCAGGUUGAACCACUGAGGUCUUCAGUUAGAAGGAUUUCAACAGACAAGUUAGGGAAAGACACCCCUGCCUUUUUUGGAAAGUAACAGCCAGUCACAGUGGAUAAUAUUGGUCUUCAAGAAUCCACAGCAGGGGCCAAACUGUGGCUCUUUCACACAUAUUGUAUGGCUCUCAAAGUCCCCACUUUGGGCUCAAUCUCAAGCAUCUCCAGACCCUUUUGUAGUCUCUAGUGACCAAAACCAGCCAAAGUUGACAGUACUGAGCUAAGGGAGCCCUGUCAGCUAGCUUGGAAAAGGCAUUUGUCUGUUUAAGCCAAGCCAGCCAGGAGCUUGGAGAAUACAUUUAAAGUUAAAGUUGCUUUCAUUCCACCUCUCUAUCCUUCCUUCCUCCCCUCCCCGCAUUUGCCUGCUUGCCUUCCUUCCUUCUUUCAGCUUUCAAACAUCUGACAUGUAUUCAGUGUGGCUCUUAUAUUAAGCAAGUUUGGCCACCUCUGAAACACAGUACGACUCAGUCAAAUGAACCUUCAUUCAUGAGGUCAAAAAGUUCAGGGAGGGAGCAUAAUGCAAAGACAGAGCCCAUACUUUGCAGUCAGAAGGUCUUGGGCUCAAUCUCAAGCAUCUCCAGACCCUUUUGUAGUCUCUAGUGACCAAAACCAGCCAAAGUUGACAGUACUGAGCUAAGGGAGCCAAUGACACUUCCAAGGCAACUUCAUAUGGACUUUACAUUUCAAGAGCACAUGUUUUGUAUACAGAAAGCAACAGGUUCAAACCAAAAGAGGAUCUCUAGUGGCAGGGCUGGGAAAGACUCUGGAACAGCUCCUUCCAAUGAGGUGACUAUGGGUGUCGACACCUGCCUGGUGCUGGCUUGGUUCUUGGAUAUAAAUUCCAAAAGGUUCUGAAUGGAACAGGAAACAAACAAAAAACAGGGAGCAUUGAGACCAUCUCUGCCAGUUGGCUUACUGGUAAAGUACUAUGCUUGCCCCAGGUAGGAAUAUUCUAGCCUCACAGAGGGGGGGGAGGAGGGAGGGAAGGGGCUUGGCCAUAGACACAGAGUUCUUAUCUCUCUGAAGACCCACCAAACAGCAUCUCUUCUCCAAAGCAAAGAGCCAAUCCAGCUUUCUUGUACCUCGUUGAAGCAGGUGGUGAUUCAGAAGAGCCCCAAAGACACCACCUCUGCAUCUACAGCAGCACCUGUUCAGAAACAGCUGCCUCUGCCAUAAGAGGAUACUCAGUUUGGAACUUGCCAAAAUUUUCUUUGAUCCUCCUGCAUAGCAACCAUUUUGUUAUCACCAGGAGGUGGAGACAGGACCAAUCAUUUUGUGACAGUGCCUUAACAUUUCAGGGUGAAGCAUAUGCUUUGCAGACAGAAAGUCACAGGUUCAGUGGGUUUUAAAAAGAGGAUCUCAACUAGCAAGGCUAGUUUUGGGACCUCCAACUGAAUACUCUGUCCAGGAUCCUGGUUUUCUCUUUACUGUCCAAGCCAAUGAAUAAUAUAAACAUUUUGUAACUGGGCAGAUGUGAUUGCUCUCUUUAGUAGCAUUCUGUUGAAUGCUGUGAGUUCGUUAGUGUCCUUGAAAUUUCCCCUUCCAUGACCAGUUGUUUUUUUAAAACUGUAACAUUAAAAUCUACAUUUUCUUAUCAACUGA